UUUUUAUCUAAUUUGUGUUCAUUUAACAGAGUUUACGUUUAGAAACUUCGUUCAGAAGUAACUUUGCAAUGACGAGUUCCCAUUUCGUAUACAAACAAGCUAAACGGAAAUCUUGCGAAGGAAGUCAUUGCGCGAUCGCCGCGCUCAUUGUCGUUACAAUUGUGAGCGUUGUAGCGAUAAUUGUGGACGGAUUUGUCAUCGCCAAGCCUGGAAUCCCAGCUCUCCAUUAUAAGAAAACGAAAUGCAUAACUCUUCGUAGAAGGCUAGUUGAACAUCGGACAUGCAAGUGUGGUGGUCUGCUCAAUGAUUCUCCAUACUGCUUGUCUAAGUUCGCAUGUUAUGGCGUAGAAGUGGAAUACACUGUUGGUGCUGCAAGAGAGAACAGGACAGGCACCAUACGAACAGAUGAAGCACUUCUGAACUCUGAAAAUAGAGACUGUUCAUUUGCGGUGUGCAAGAAAAACAUGAGACAAAACUCAAUUGAAGUGAGCGACUUCAUCACCAAAUAUGGGUAUGAGACGAAGAGGUUCUCGUGUUACUAUGAUCCUAAUAAGACGGAAAAUGUUAUAAUCAAACCCCGAUUCGAGUUAUAUGUCAUCGUUUUAUCUCUCCUGAUCCCUGGUAUCGUCUUUCUUACAAGCGUCUUCUUCCUUGCUAUGUUAUGUCAUACGGCGAGAAAAUAUAACAAAGACAACGACCUGCGGAUCCCGGCCCAUCGACCGUAUUUAAACUACGGGGUUGAACUGGAGGAUGGUUCCUUCACUCGUGAACGACGAUUGUCACAGUUGUUGCCAGGAUACGCACCACCUCCUAAUAAAAGUGAUGGUGAUGUCAGAAGGCAGAACAAUAACAGACCACAAUCAAGAUUCUAGUAUAGUUGCAUUGUUUGUAGUUGUUUCAAUUGGUGCUUAAGAAUAUAUUGUUCUAAGUGGAUGAGGCACAGAUUUGUCCCAUUACCCUUCCAUAUAUUUAAAAAUUAUUUCAUUGUUGCUAUUGUUUUAACUCGUGCUCAUUGUUUUAUAUUUUAUAUAGGUGUGGUCCUUGUCAAGGACUUUGAUUAAGGCCAGAUUUGGCUCAAUUCCCCCCACUUAGCUUUAAAGAUUAUUUAAGUAACAAAUGUGAUGUCUGCAAUUUAUGGGCCCCCAAUAUGUGACAGUUGGUUGAGAUUUUUGUACAUUCUUAUUUUGACUACACAAUUUUUAUAACUAGCAUAGACUUGGUGCAGUAGCUAAAACAUACUAUAUCAACCACGCACGCAAUGUGACUUUUGUUUUUUUUGAAGAUUUUUCUACAGUUUUAAUGCAAAUCUCUUAAAGACUUGUUGCACGUUUUUCUAAUUUCCUAUUUUAUGUAAAAUAACGUGAACUUUUAAGAUUAAUAACUUGAUACAGCGUUAUACAUUUUGGUAUUUUUAUUUUUUAUGAUUGUAAAGUAACAAAAACUGAACUGUUCAUAAAAAACAUCUUAUUAUGUUGAUUGGAAAAGAAAAAUUGGUAAAGUAAGCAGAAGAAUAUAUUUCA